AUCUUUCAGUACCUUAAUAGAUCGCCUUCACAUUAUCCUGGCUCAAUGAGCCAGCAGCGAGGAUGGUCAGUCACGUAAGAAAUGGGUCCCCACAGACAUGGGAAUACGAUACGAACCCCGGUUACUGCAAUCAGAAAUCGCAUUUUAAGACAUCCCAGGAAACGUGCAUGUCGUGGCUGAGGCCCUUGCUUCGGCUGGGCCACCACCCUUCGCCCACAGUAUAAUAGGGCCUCCUUAUGAUGAUCAGAGGUGGUAACAUUGCAGUCGGUUCACAACAACCAAUGGCCAGGAUGGUUUCGUGGAUGCAAAUCUUCAAAGUUCUCGCCUUUGGCUCAGUUUUCCAAAGCGGCAGAGCAAGUCCUUCUUCUCUGUUAAACGUACACCAAGGAUCUGAAGGUGUUGCCUAUCAACUAGGUGACACUACUUAUUUUGCCAAUGCAAAGCAUCCGCGGGAUAUAUUGACGAUCACCUACCCCAAAGAUAAAAGUCACCAAGGUACUGGCGUAUACAUGACAUUGACAGUCAUCAUUGCCAACGAGAGCAUCGUAACUGCUCGCUACCUCAACGCCACAAUUUCGAGCUAUCUGGCCAAUGACGACGUUUUCUCCAGAGGGUUUCUUGGUGCUAUCUAUCUCACCUCAUCCGCCGCCAAUGCCAGUAUUAACGCCAAUGGUUUGGACUAUCUGGCGAGUGCCGGUGCUGAGACCAUCUAUGUUGACUCCAGUGUCUUCAAGAGUCAGGGCGGACGAGCAAUACACGUGCAGCACAACUCCGCUAAGACUGUGACACCUGGUCCAUAUACCGUUGUGAUGUCGAAAGACAAGAUCAGUCUGCUAGACACAUAUCGCCUAUUCCCUGACGCCUACCGCGAUUUUAUCAGCGGUAUAUAUCCGUCGAACGAUGAGAGUGGCUCUUUUGUGCCUCUUCAAUUUAUGUCUUCAAGGCUCUGGGCACCGGUGGUGCCGGUGCCAAGUCGUAUCCAUUCGUGGGGAGACCCGCGGCCGUUAGCUGGUAAACGAGUCGCAGUGAAAGAUAUUUUUGAUAUCAAAGGAGUGCAGACAUCAGCGGGAAGUCAGGCAUGGACCCAGACCACGCCAGUUGCCAACCGAACGGCGCCCGCGAUUCAGCGGCUGGUCGAUUUGGGUGCGGUUCUCGUGGGGAAGCAAAAGUUGGCACAGUUUGCGUCCGGUGCGAAUCCCUGGGAUUGGACCGAUGGGCAAGCUCCCUUUAACCCACGGGGUGAUGGAUACUUGACUUGCGCAGCAUCCACGUCCGGAGGAGCCUGCUCGAUUGCGGCGUACGACUGGCUGGAUGCGGCGAUUGGAAGUGACACUGGCGUUUCAGUCCGUCGCCCAGCGGCUGUUACAGGAACCUUCGGAAACCGACCCAGUCAGGGAAUGAUAACGCUGGAGGGCAUGCUUGCUCAGAAUUGGGCAGAGGACACAGCCGGUGUACUUGGGCGGAAUCCAGUCGAAUGGGCCAAGUUUGCCAAGGCGUGGUAUACUCCAGAUCUUCACCAGCCAGAGUCGAUUACUGGAUUAUCCCCCUUGUCGGUGCCGAACACCAUGGCUUUCCCAGCCCAAAUAUUGUACCCGGAUGAGCAAUUCCCCCUUGCCAAUCCCGCCGCCCAGAAGAUCGUUGAAGCCUUUCUGUCAAGCAUGGCAAAGGCACUCAAUAUGACUAUCAAACACACCAAUCUUAGCGCCACACUCACCGAUGCACCUAUCCUCUCAGACAAGCAGGACAGCUUGGACCGUCUUCUGACGGGAACCGCUACCCUAUCGUAUUGGUCAUCGCAUCUUUGCGUUGCUGACCCUCUCAUGACCGAAUGGUCACGUCGUUACGAAGGUCGUUUCCCUCCAGUAGAUCCGCUGUGGCGCAAAGAAUGGUCGGACUUCAACGCCAGUGUCGUCAACCAAGCAGCUUACAACCAGGCUUUACAGGAGAAACGGAAAGGGGUCGACUGGUUUGAAAGGAAUGUGAUGCUGGAGACGCGCGAAUCUUGCUCGGAGUCAUUACUAGUCUGUGAUAUUGGCACCGGUGGGUUGCCCAGCUUCCGCGAGAAGGCCCUGAACGAGGGGCCCAAUGCGACAUUCUUGGGCAUGAUGCCAGAUGGGGCCGCAAUACCUUGUUCCUUGAUUUGUCCUAUCUUCGGGUGAGUGCAGUUGGCAUCCUGUUAAUGCAGAGUUGCAAGAUGAACUAAUGUGUUUGCUGCAGCUGCGCCGAUUUCACCAUUCCCUUGGGCCAAGUGCCCUAUCAUUCUCCGGUGUCGAAGGUGACGGAACAGUUUCCCGUGAGUAUCAAUCUGAUCGUACGUCGGGGAUGCGACUUUGUAUUAUUUAACAUGGUAGAGAAACUGGCGCAGGCGGGGAUCAUUCGGGCUGUUCAGACUGGCAAGCAGGCAUUUUAGUCAAGGAGAUUUUGGCCAUUUCCUGCCUGUUGGUAGUUUAUAUUCUUUCUGGUGUAUUAUAGAGCAAUUGCAGUCAAAAUUAGAAUUCCUGCUACAUGAUUAUCAACAUCAUCUGAAGCAAUCAGAG